AUGGAUAAAUCAAUGAACCAUGAUAUAUUUAUUAACAGUUAUCCAAAUAACAAAAUUGCAAGUAUCGAUAUAAAAUUAGAGUCGCAAAAUCCAUUUAUAUUCACAAAACCACCAUUUCCUCCAAUGAUAAAUGUUGAUGAAAUAAUAAAAAAACGAAGUAAUAAACAAAAUAAAAAAUUUACAAAAACACCUAAUGCAUUUAUCAUAUAUCGCAAUGCAUAUAUUGACCAAAUUCAUUUACAUGGUAUAAGAUUAAAUAUGGUUAAUAUAUCAUCAAUUGUUUCAAUGUUAUGGAAUCAAGAACCAUUUUAUGUAAAGGAAGCAUAUAAACAACUUGAAAGAGAUCAUAUAACUGAAUCUUUACAUGAAAUAAAGAAUGAUCAAAUAAAUGAUUUUUAUGAAGUAUCAGAUAACAUCAUACCUCAUUUCGAAUGUAACAAUGAUGAUAAUAAUUUAACAAUUGAAAACACGUUCGAUAUUAAUUCGUAUCAUGAAAUGAUGAGCAAUUGGCAUAGAGAAUUAUCAAAAUAUAACAUUAGUCCAUAUCAAUCUUAUGAAGAUAGUAUGAAUGUUCCAUUUUUCAAUACACAUUUAGUUUAA